AUGACUGGCCCGAACAAUCACGAAUUUCGCGCAAUAUCAAAAGGUGCGAAUAAACCAUCAGCUGAAGUACAACUACACAAAGACGGCAACAAGCGAACAUUGGGUUUGGUUUGGCGCGUGGAAAAUGACAUUUUGACGUACAGCGUGGACCUGCCGAGGAACAACCAAGUUACGAAACGCAGCAUACUUUCAGUGACAUCAAUGAUUUUUGACCCUUUAGGUCUUCCAUCACCUUGUACUAUAACGGCAAAAAUUCUAAUUCAAAAACUAUGGCUAGAGAAAUUAUCGUGGGACGAAAGUUUGCCAUCAAGUCUGCACUUUCAAUGGACGCAAUAUUACAAUCAACUCAAGUUGCUUAAUAAUUUCAGAAUUCCAAGACAAGCUAUGGCGCCAAACGCGGCAAAGGUACAGAUACACGGAUUUGCGGACGCUUCAAAAAAUGCGUAUGGAGCAUGUGUCUACGUUCUAGUGGUGGACGUCGAAUCAAAAAUUCACACUAACUUAUUGUGCGCAAAAACGAAGGUCGCGCCGUUGAAGACUCAAACAAUUCCUCGCCUGGAGCUCUGCGCUGCGUUGGUGCUCGCCAAGCUGAUCUCAACGGUCGAGGGCGCUCUUGAAGCAAGAAUUGAUUCCGUCACUUAUUGGAGCGACUCCACUAUAGUUUUGGAUUGGUUACGCGCUCAGCCGAGCCGCCUGCCAGUCUUUGAAUCUAAUCGCGUGGCUCGAAUUCAAGAAUUGAGCAAGGACAGAGUAUGGCGUCACGUACCUACGGAGCAGAAUCCAGCCGAUUUACUCUCCCGUGGAACUCAGCCGCAGGAGCUACUAAAUGCGACGCUUUGGUGGAAAGGGCCUGCCUUUUUGAUGAGCGGCUCUCAAUUUUGGCCCAAGCGAUUGGCCCACAAGAUAGACUCUACGCCUGUCGAGUUUACGUUUACAGCAACGAGUUCACCGACUAACAUUAUCGAAGAACUCCUUUUACGAUAUUCUAGUCUCUCGAAAGCAAUACGUAUUCUCGCCUAUUGCAUUCAAUUUAUCAGCAAGCUAAAACCAGGAGGAAAAGAAAACGACGUAUCAGUUAUUCAGCAACGCAGAUCUGCGAUAAUGCUGAUGAUAAAGCACGUGCAGAGCUCAAGUUUUCGCAAAGAAAUAUCCAUGCUUAAUCAAGGAAGUAAUGUUUUAAAAGGGCCACUAGCUUCAUUGACUCCAUUCCUGGACAAAAACGGGGUCGUACGAGUUGGAGGUCGAUUGGGGAAUUCAGAGUUCAAAUAUGACAAGAAGCACCCAGUCCUCCUGCCAGGAGGUCACAUAUUUACAAAACGUCUGUUUUCCGAAGAGCAUAUCCUGUGGUUACACGCUAGUCCUCAAUUACUUAGCGUCUAUUCGUGA